UUUGCAGCAUACGGCUCACUUCUCUUUAAUGCAUCUUUUCCACCUUGAUUAAUUACAUCAAUCUCAAUCCUCUUCCCAAUGCUGUUCAGUUCCCAUGUCCAGACCGCCAUGUCCAAGUUAAUAGGAAAGCUUUUCCGGAGCUCCGACGAUGAUUUUACUGAGUAUCCGACCGAUUGCUACGCAUGCACACAGGUGGGCGUCCCCGUUUUCCACUCAACCACAUGCGACCCAGUUCACAAGCCCGAGUGGGAGGCCUCCGCCGGUUCUUCCCUUGUCCCCAUCACGAGCCGCUCCAGCAGAAACAGCUCCGCCGCGAAGAACCGGCGGCUGAUUGUCGACCCCCGCAGCACAAAUGUGCAGCGGUGGAACCGGUUAAUUGUGUUGGCCCGAGGCGUGGCGCUGGCCACUGACCCUCUCUACUUUUUCUCUAUAUCCGUCAGCGGAGGCGGAGGUGGAGGUGGGAGGCCGUUCAUUUACAUGGACGGUGGCAUGGCGACAUUGGCUACAGUGGUCCGGACGUGCGUGGACCUGGUGCACAUGUGCCACCUCCUGGUCAGGUUCCGGUUGGCGUACGUGUCGAGGGAGUCGCUGGUUGUCGGCUGCGGGAAACUCGUGCGGGACCCACGUGCGAUCGCCUCUCACUAUUUGCUCUCCGCCAAUGGGUUUUGGUUCGAUGUAUUUGUUGUAUUGCCCAUUCCUCAGGCUACGUAUUGGCUUCUAGUUCCGAUGCUAUUAAGGGAAAAUAGAAUUGAGGAGUUGACAAUAAUUCUUCAGCUAACGUUCCUAGUCCAGUUCCUUCCCAAGGUCUAUCAUUGCUAUUGUCUAAUGCGAGGAAUGCGCAAAGUUACAGGAUACAUCUUCGGCAGCAUUUGGUGGGGCUUUUGUCUUAAUCUCAUAGCAUACUUCCUCGCAUCUAAUGCAUCAGGAGGAUACUGGUAUAUCCUAGCUGUCCGACGGAUAGCAUCGUGCCUCACUCAAAACUGUGACACAAGAAGCUGUAAUCUCCCACUAUCUUGCUCGAUGGAAGCUUGUCGUCCUACAUCCACAAAUCCUCAUGGUAACAAUUCACUUAUAGUUGCUAAAACUCAAAUGUGCUUGGAUAGCCUUGGACCUUUUCCCUAUGGGAUUUAUCAGUUCGCCCUUCCUCUCAUGUCGACCGAUUCUUUCACUGCUAAAAUUCUCUAUUCGAACCUUUGGGGCCUAAUGGCUCUCAGCACUAUGGGGAACAAUCUUGAACCGACAAGCCAAUGUCUAGAAGUGUUGUUUUCCAUAUGCAUGGUGCUAGCUGGUUUGCUGCUAUUCACACUGUUGAUUGGAAAUAUUCAGGUUUUUCUGCAUGCUGUCAUGAUGAGGAGGAGGAAAAUGCAACUACGGUAUCGCGACAUGGAGUGGUGGAUGAAGCACAGACAAUUACCGUCUCAGCUCAGACGAAGAGUAAGGAAAUAUGAACACCAAAUAUGGGAGAUGAUGGGAGGACAAGAUGAGAUGGAAUUGAUCAAGGAUUUGCCGUCAGGCCUCAGACGAGAGAUUAAGCGCUAUAUUUGCUUAGAUCUGAUAAAAAAGGUGCCACUGUUCCACAACUUAGACGAUCUUGUCCUCGACAACAUUUGUGAUCGAGUCAAGCCUCUAUUGUACUCAAAAGAUGAAAAGAUCAUCAGAGAAGGAGAUCCAGUGCAGCGGAUGGUUUUCAUUGUCUGCGGACGAGUCAGCAGGAGUCAAGGUCUCAUAAGAGGAAAAGUGGCCACAAGCAUACUAGAAGCUGGAAGCUUUCUCGGAGAUGAAUUGAUCUCAUGGUGCCUUCGCCGGCCGUUUCUUGACCGCCUUCCGGCAUCAUCAGCAACAUUCACCUGUACUCAACCAGCAGAAGCGUUUGCUCUUGAGGCAGAUGAUUUGCGAUACAUAACAGAUAACUUCCGUUACCAUUUUGCAAACGAGGGCCUGAAGUGGACGGCAAGGUACUACUCGUCCAAUUGGAGGACGUGGGCUGCUGUCAAUAUACAAUUGGCCUGGCGGCAUUACGCGAGGAGGACAAGGAGUGGCGUGGUUGAUCGUGUAUCAGAGAAUGGUGGUGGGGAUAGUGAUCGUCGGCUCAGGAAGUAUGCUGCCAUGUUCUUGUCUCUUAGGCCUCAUGAUCAUCUUGAAUGAAAUCUAAGUUCUCAAUUAGUUUUUCUUUUUUAGUGAUUCAGUAAAGUCCCAUCUUUCGUUGAAAAAUAUUAUUGCGUCUUUUAUUUCAUUCAAUAUAUACAUGUCAUGGUCAAGUGUAAUCUCUCUAACACUUUAUAUGUAGCUGUAAGAAUCUGGAGAUUUGAGAAAGUAAUCAUUACAUAAUAAAGAUCACAUUGUUGUUUAUGAAUUUGAAUCAUCUUGGGCGAAGUUGAGAAAUCGGCGUUGAUCCUAA